GAAUGCCUGGAUGGGAAAGCUAGACGCGCGUGUGGUGCCAGUGCGGCAGCUAUUACUAUUGGUACUACUAGCACUGCGCUGGUUUGCUAGUGGCUUACCUUCAUCAUCUGGAGCGCAGCACCAGCAGCAGCAGGAACGACUGAUUAUCAAACAUUUCGGAUGAUAUAUAGUUUUCAUUUCAAUGACAACGCCGCACCAAACAACUUCCCCUUCUGACCUCACCCUAUCUACAGUGUCUUUUGACUCAAUGGUUGAGAUCAAGCGGGAGCGAGAGGCAAUCCAGCCUGUAUCUUCAUCCAGCAAUUUUGGCCUUGAUGAGGAGAGCAAAUAUAGACUGCUCUAUAGCAAGUCCAAGGUGUACGUGAAUCCGACAGCCUAUGCCAGGGAUAACAUUCCUGGAUUUGUCGCCCUUGUAAAGCGGGAGGCUGUAAAUCCUAGCUACUUGCUUGCUUGGAUCCCAGAGACACUGCUUAACGAGAGAGGACAAACUGAAUGGGAGAAGUUUGUCAGGGUUGAAGAGAAGAGCUCAGUUGAGGACGAGGAUGAAGAUGUCGUGUUGAUCGACCUACCAACAUCGAGGGCAGAGACGUAUGCGUUCUCGGUGCCAGUGACGUCAAUAUAUUCCCUUGACGUUCGACCUCCGUCUCUCUCAUCAUGGUACGGUUCCAUCGGUAUCAACCUCAUCAAUGGCACCACUCUCCCAACUCUUCAUUUCCAUGACGAUGAAUCUCGAUCAUUCACAAUGCCGCAGAAACCGCCGACAGACGUUAAACAUAAUUAUCCUCCACCACAAUCGCCUUCAACUUCUCGCUCGGGUACCACAUGGGGAGGGGAAGAACUGCUUUCGCGACUGCGCUCUUACGCUCAUCUACUCCGGUCAAACCUGCAGCCUACCUUGUUCCUUGUCGACCCGUCUCGUGAAGAUAUUGAAGCGCAUACAACGCAGAUAUUCGACGACGAUGCAGUAGAUGAUAUCCUCGCUCAGUCGUCAUAUGCCAACUCGCAUUCACCUAUCCCGGCACAUCGAAGACCACGGCCCAUUUCGUCGACGCCAAAUCCGUAUUCUUCUAGGUCUUCAAUCCUUCACCGCUCUCUGCAGUCUCCCCCACCCUCAUCCUCAUCAUCUCCGUCUCAGGCUCGCUUAGCACUCCUCCAGUCCUUCUCGCAAAUCACUCGUCAAGCUGCACAUGCUGCGCAACAAAUAUUGUCUCAUCCACUCGCCAGGCCCAUAGUCCCCCAUCUUCCAGAUCCCGUCAGGAGCCUUGUCAAUGUUAGUGGUGACCUAGAAUGGGGCAGUUGGGUUGAGAAGGGCGGAGUGGGGGAAUUCGAAAGUGCACGAGUGUACCUGGCUCGCUGGGCGCGUAUCGUAGCCGAAGAGGGCGAACGGUCGAGAAGGAUGGAAGCACAAACAUUACCUUCCUCGUCCGAGUUGCCCGCAGAGAACUCCUCUUUGGGUGUGUUUGAGCUGCUUCAGUCAACAUCCAACUUGCCAACGCCGAAGUCGACUAGGGAUCCUCUCCAUCCUGUCAAUGAAGCUACUUGGAAGGGGUGGUUCAAUGCCGAUGGGACGCCGAAGGUGACGCGAGAAGUGAUGAAACGCGAGAUAUUUAGAAGAGGUAUCAGUGCCCAUGGAACAUUGCGCCAGAGAAUAUGGCCUUUCUUGCUUGAUGUACACAAAUGGGACGCUACUCAUGCAGAAAGGUCUAAACAAUGGAAAGAAAAGCUUGAAUUAUACCACGAGCUUAAGGAUGAGUGGUGCGGAGUACCCGAAGUGUUUGAACGCCAAGAUAUAAUAGAAGAAAGGCAUCGAAUAGAUGUGGACUGUCGACGGACAGACCGUACGCAGUCGCUCUUUGCAGCUACUACUUCAUCUUCCUCACUAGAUAAUUGCGAAGAUGAGAAAGCGAUUCACAUGCGAUAUUCCACGAUAUCUCCCCAACUCAGCGACAUCGGUGCUCAAGCUCCCAGCAAUGAUCAUAUCGAACGCCUAGGUGCCGUCCUGUUGACGUAUGGUUUCUAUGAGAAAUCGCUGGGGUACGUUCAGGGCAUGUCAGACCUAUGCGCACCCGUUUACAUCGUCAUGGGUGCGGAGGAGGAGCUGACAUUCUGGUGUUUCGUGGGAAUCAUGAAUCGAAUGAAGCAGAAUUUCCUCCGCGAUCAGAGUGGAAUGAAGAAGCAGCUUUCAACGCUGCAGCAACUCAUAGGCAUCAUGGACCCUGAGCUUUAUCGACAUCUCGAGAAAACGGAUGGGCUGAAUCUGUUCUUCUGCUUCCGUUGGAUCUUGAUCGCUUUCAAACGCGAGUUUCCUUUCGAGGACGUCUUACGACUAUGGGAAGUCCUAUGGACCGACUAUUACAGCAAUCAAUUCAUGCUCUUCGUCGCUUUGGCAGUAUUGGAAUCACAUAGAGAUGUUAUCUUGCGGUAUCUAGUAGAGUUUGAUGAGAUCUUGAAAUACUGCAACGAACUCAGUAUGACCAUCGAACUAGAUUCCACAUUAGCUCAAGCGGAGGUACUAUUCUUAUCGUUUGCACAGUUGGUGGCAGAUAUCGACCGCCGGCGUGCCGAGGAAGGACUACAGCCUUCCAGUGACCUCCGGCAACGGAAGAGUGGGCCCCGCCCUGUGUCCAAUACCCAAGACAACCUAACCACACAGGUUAAAGCCAGCACCCUUAUCUUGAGCGACGAUCUCAGGGAUCUGCUCAAAGCAGGACAGUGAUAGAAUACGUUGCGUGAUGGACUCUUUUGGCAUACUCCUUUAUGUCUAAUGCCUCUAGAUUAGGGGUGAUCAUGUUGGUGGCUCGUUCAUAUCUGGCAUGUAUUUGUAUUGGACAAUAGAAACGAGAAUCGCACAGAUCCAAAUACCUGGCAUCUGUUCGACACCUGCCAGAUAUGACAAUAAUAUUUCAUCUCACGUCGUUUGCUUCAAGGUGAAAGCAGCAUUCUUUUGAAACUGCUUCACUCCUUUCUCAAAAAAAUUGGGUACAACUAUACGAUGUGGAAUCGGGGUCUGCGUUCUUUAAAUAGGCCGAGCGGUUUGAUCGAACCAUCAUAUAUUAUGAAUCAUGCGAAUAAAGUGGAUAAAUGUCC